UGUCAGCCUGCCGUCGGUGAGUCAGAGCAGAGCGCUACAGCGAGACGCUGCGUCACUCAGCGCGUGUCUGCGCGUUCAAUAUAAAGACAAGAGCAGCUGAGUGAGCGCCGCAGUCCUCACACACACUCUCACUCACACCUGCAAGGAAUUACAUACUAGCGACGGGAAUAACUUUAACAAGGUGAGAAACAAGAAACGCAGCACAACUGAAGCAACUUCAAGAUCAGAUCCUUCUCGAGCAGCAACAGCAGCUUCCCCCUCCUCAGGAAGUCCCGCCUCCAUCUCCGCCUCUCCCACCUCCUCCCUCCUUCCAGGAACUGGAGGGUAGCACCAUGCAGACAAGCACCUUCAACUACGCCCGGCCCAAGCAGUUCAUUGCUGCUCAGAGUCCCACAACAAGCGGGGGACCGAUCGGAUACAGCACGCAGUCCUCAAGCUCCAGUCCGCUGUCUCCCACAAUGUCCCACAAACCCUUCAGCCGUGUCACCCUUCCGCUCUUCCAGCAGCAGCCGUCACUGUCCAAAGGAAGCAGCGUGGAGUCUCCCAGCUCGCCUUCUUUCCCACCGCCCCCUCCGCCCUUUCUCAGCUCCAGCACUCUAUCCUCUCCUGCUGGCUUGCCACAAGACUUCCCUCCUCCACCGCCUCCUCCACCUGUCACGUCAAGCCCCACUCGCUCAGACACCUCCUCGCCCUACAUGUCCACUCCACUGUCACCAGCUGGGUUUCUGGUGUCGGUGCUUCCAGCCACACCACCUCCACCACCAGUGAAUGCUUUGGGGCUGCCCAAGGGUAACGGCACAGUGUGAGUAUCCAAAAUCAUCUGUUUGAAACGCAUCCCAAAUGCCUCUUGAAGGUGUGCAGUCAUCUGCUUAAGUCUGAUGUCACAUAAACAACACACAGAAACAAAUGGUACUACCUAAAAAUCUCAGCUGGCCAGGCAGUGAUUAAUCUUUUACGAAUCAUUAAAAUAUUUGAAUCUGGGAUGCCAUGAGCCUAGUAGCUAAUUGAAAGCACAAUUGAGUAGCGCCUUGGACCCUGAAAUUGUAUUCCUUGCAUCACGACUUUUCUAUACUAUAUAAAGACAGAGCGCUUCAUCAUGAACUACAAUAGAACACUAUCAUGGGCAUAUAAAGUGAACACAUGGGCUGAUGAGUAAUUUGGAGUGCAGCUCCUGCUUUCCAGCUGCAUGGAAGACAUGUACUGUAUGCAUUCUUACAUGGC